AUGCUUCUCAAACUUUUAUAUCUCUAUGUAUUAUUUCUGGGCUCAAUUGGUGCUCAGAAGAAUGAUGGAAGUUCAGAAGUUGAGGGAGAUCGAAGCAGUGUUCCAGACAAAUUUGAUCAGCCGAAUUAUGGAUUUAUGUUGCCUGAGGGAUUUAAUGAGGUUAGAAAUCAAUUUUUUUUAAUUUUGAAAAAAAAGAAAAAAAAUUCCAGAACUCAACGCUUCUCGCCGUCGUCGAUUUCAUAACUCAAAAAAACCACGCAACCCCAAAAAUCGCCGUCAAUUUCGACGAACUCAAUUGGUUCGACAUUGGUGGAGUGCAAAAAACCAAGGCUGACAACGCUGAUGUUUAUAGUGCCACUGUGAUUUUGAAAGCUGGAAGUGAUGUUAAAGUGGAUAAGACAGAUCAGGGGAUUUAUAAGUUUGUGGUGGAAGCUCAAUUGGGGGAUAAUGUUUUGGCGACGACGAAUGUUGUGGUGGAAGUUUUGGCGUUGGCGCCGACGACGAAGCGAGUGAGGACUACUGAAGAUCCGAUUGAGAUUUCGAAUGUUGAAUUGGUGGCGGCGGAAAAUGAUGAUGAUUUGGUGCUUGGGGUUGGUGCUGAAGUUUCAACAACAUUUUCUGUAGAAGUAUCAACCGUGGUUGCAACUACACCAUCAGAAACAACUGCUGAAGUUCUAACAACAACUUCUGAAUCAACUACAUCUACUGAAGUUCCAACUACAACAUCGGAAGCAUCUGAAGAAUCUACAACAUCGGAAACAUCUAGUGAAUCUACAAUUGAUCUAGCAGGAACCCCUGAAUCCAAAGAAUCUACAGAAACAUCUUCUGAAUCUACUGUAGCUGUAGAAGUUACUACAACUUCAGAAACAUCUAGUGAAUCUAAAUCUACAUCUGAACUAGCAGAAACAUCCGAAGAAUCUACAUCUACAUCUGAGCCAGCAGAAUCCAAAGAAUUAAUAGAAACAUCUUCUGAACCUACUGUAGCUGUGGAAGUUGCUACAACUUCAGAAACCACUACUGAACCAGCAGAAACAUCCGAAGAAUCUACAACUCCAGAAGCCACUGAAUCAAAAGGAUCUGAUCAUCUUGAAUCUACUGUAGAUGUGGAAGUUGCUACAACUCCAGAAGCAUCUAGUGAAUCUACACCUGAGCCAGCAGAAACAUCUGAAGAAUCUACAACUCCAGAAGCCACUGAAUCAAAAGGAUCUGAAUCGAAAUCUGAUCAUCUUGAAUCUACUGUAGCAGAAGUUACUACAACUUCAGAAACCUCUACUGAACCAGCAGAAACAUCCGAAGAAUCUACAACUCCAGAAACCUCUAGUGAAUCUACAUCUGAACAAUCAGAAACAUCUGAAGAAUCUACAAGUCCAGAAGCCACUGAAAUAUCUGAUCAUCCUGAAGUUACCACAACUCCAACUCCCCUCGAAACAGACCCAGAACUUCUCACAAACAUCCCCGAAGAAGCGUCUGGAACUCAAGAAACCCCCUCAGAAGAUUCCCUCGAAGCUUCUGCGACUCAACCAUCUGUGGAGCCAACCACAAUCGAAUCAUCCGGUGAACUUCUGACCGAUGAAUCGCCAAUCGAAUCGCCCAUCACGAUUCUGCCCCUUUUGAAUCAUAUCGAUUCUGUUGAUCUGGAAAUUGAGGUUCUUGGAAAUCGGAAAAUUCUGGAUUCUAGGGCUGGAAGUCAGAUUAGAGGUCUUGUGAUUAUUCCGAAGUCUGCCACUAGAACUACAGUAGCAUUUUCCAUCGAACCGGAAGGAUUGGAGAUUCGCCCGAAGGUUUUGAGAACUGGUGAAAUUGCUGGGAUCUUUGUCAAUGAGAAGUUCAAUGCGUCUAGAAGAUCUUAUGAAAUUGUUGGGAAACUUGAGAAUGGUGCGAUUGUUAAAGAACCUCUGAAUUUGGAAGUUGCUCAGAAAUCUCGAAGUUCUGACAAGAUCUUUGAAUUGAAAGAAUAUGAAUUUUCUGUGCUGGAAUCGGCUGAAAAUGGAAGAACAAUUGGAAGAAUUGAUGAAAAUGAUAUGAAAAUAAUCGGAGAUUCUGCAAAAAGAUUUUCCCUCGUUGGAAAUUCAAUUAUCCUAACUUGCAGUGAAUUCGAUAAUGAGAAUUGUUUGCAAAAUUCCGCGCCCAGAAAAAUGUAUUCUUUGAUGCUUCUCCCGAAUAAUGGAACUUUGGCACCGGUUCAAGUAACAAUCAAAGUUCAAGAGAAGCCGGGGGAUUUGAGAACUUCGGAUGAUGUUUUGAGAAUUUCGGACAAUCGAAUAAUCAUUCCUUUUGUGAUUUUGACUGAUGUUGAGCCAAGGAUUUCUGGAACAGCUUCGAGGUUUUUAGGACUUCGGAAGACUUCGGAUAUGUAUCAAGUGCAAGUGAUAAAUUCAGCUGCGAGUGGGAAAUAUGAACUUGAAAUCCAAAUCCAGACCGAUAACCAAGACAAGAAAAAAACGAUCCCGGUGUUCGUUGAAAAUUCACAAUCGCACGCUCAUUUCAGAAAACCAAAAUAUUCCGCAAAAAUCGAUUCAUCCAAAAUAACCGAAGGCAAACGAAUCACUCAAGUCGAAUUAGAGGGUGUUCCCAUCGAUGAAGCCAAGAUAAUCAUACUUAGCGGAAAUCCCGGUUGGGUUACUGUAGAGGGUUACGGUGGGCGAGUUAAGGUGAAUAGUUUUGAUGGCGAGGUUUAUCAGGGAAAAUAUACGUUGAGAAUCGGAGCGAUUGAUAAGAAGACGCUGAUGAUUUUGACUGAAACUGAGGUGGAAAUUGAAGUUGUUAAUGGGAAAUUGAAAAAGAAUGAGGAAGAAGUCACUGCAAAACUUCUGGAAACAACCUUUGAUCGAGAAACUUUUGAGGAAAAUUUUAAAAUCCCCCUGGAAAGUCCUGAUUUUAUAUUGUCUGAAGAUUCCUUUGCAAUUAAUGAAAUUGGCAAGCGAGAAAUCUAUGAGCCAAUGAAUAUUAAGAUCAAUAAAAACACCGUGGAAAUCAGGAAAGUCGAGGGAUUACGAAUUAUCAGCUUCAACUUGAUCAACAAAAAUACCAAAUUAAUAGUGUUGAUUCGACUUGUAUCAACUCCAGCGUAUCUUGAGAAACAAGAAAAACUUCGAGCUAAACCGAUUUAUCCGGAGGAAUUGAUGGAAGUUUAUAUGCCUGAGGAAAUGGAGAAAGGAAGAGUUGUAGGAGUGUUCCCGGCUGUGAUUCCAACAUCGAAUUUGAGAACAAGAUCGAGGAUUGAGGGAGGAAUGAGAGAAGCUUUUAACUUCAAUGAGGAAACUGGAGAAUUGAAGAUCAGGAAAGUUAUUGAUUAUGAAAGUUUGCCAAAUCAACAAAGAAGUUUUGAUCUGAAAUUGAUAUCAGGUGAAAAAGGUUAUGAAUCGGAAGGGAUUCUUCGAAUUCAUGUGGUGGAUAUUGAUGAUAACCCGCCCUUAAUCACCCGAGAACAAAUCAAUACUGUUAGUUUGCCCGAAGAUCUACCGGGUGGCGCGAAAAUUGCGGAAUUUGAUGUGACAGAUCCGGAUGGCUCACGGAGUUUUGAAGUUUUUCUGGAAGGUCGGGGAAGUGAGCAGUAUUUUGCCAAUAUUGUAAGAGUUCUGGGGAAUUUUUAAGAAAAAAAUGGUGUUUUUUUUUUUGCAGACAAAUUCCGGACUCCUGUCGAUAUUCCUGGCUCAAAACGCGAAAUUAGACCGUGAAGCUCUGGAUUCGAACGCAUUGAUUGUUCGAGUUGAAGAUAUGAGUGGAAAUUCGGAUCGGGUUAUAAUCCCAAUUCAAAUUCUUGAUGUUAAUGAUAAUGCGCCGCGGUUUUCGAGGAAAAUGUAUGAGGUUGAAGCGGUGGAAAAUUGGCCAAAGGGGGUGGUUUUGGAGAAGUGAGUUUUGAAAAAAUUAGAAAUUGGAACACACCUCGGCCAAGCCGUGGCUGGCCAGAGUACAAUUUUUUGAAAAAUCUGAAUUUCAGUUUUUAGAGGUCAAAAAUUGAAAAAUAACAAUUUUUAGAGGAUAAAUCUGAAAAAUUCACCAUUUUUGUACUGUAAAAAGUUAGCGUGCAAUUUUUUAUUGUGGAAACCACGAUUUUGGCCGAGGUGUGAAUUGGAAAUUAUUGAAUUUAUUUUAAAUUAAUUUUGACGUGAACUUUUUCACGUGGAUUUUUGGAAUUUAAUUUUUAUAAAAAAAAUAAAAAAAUUGGUUUAUUUUUUAUUUUUUGUGGAUUGGAAAAUGGCAGGGCAAUUGAAAUUCUAGGUAUGAUAUAAGGCACAUUUUUAGGCCCUUUUAGGCUUGUCUUAGGCUUGUCAACAUUUCAGGCCUGAUUGAGGCAUUUAAAAUUAGGCCCAUCUUAAUUUCAGGCCUCAAUUAGGCUUGUCAAAGUUUUAGGCUCAGCCUAAAUUCUGUAAAAUUAAGCCAGAUAUGUUCAAUUUAGGCUUGUCUAAAUUUCAGGCCUCAUUUAGGCUUGACAAAAUUUCUAGGCUUGAUUCAGGCAUAUCGAAUUAGGGCUGUUUUAAGAUUCGAUCUUAGGUUUGUCUAAAUUUCAGGCCUAAUUUAGGCUUGUCAAUAUUUCUAGGCUCAACCUAAGAUGCCUUAAAUUAGCCCAAGAACUUCUAUGUUAAAUUAAGGCUUGUCUGGAUUCCACGGCUUAUUUUAGGCUUGUCAGGACUUUAAAAAUUUCAGGCCUCAUUAAGGCUUGUCAAAAAUUCAGGCCCAACCUGAAAUGCCUUAGCGGAGGAACUUCUAUGUUCAAUUUAGGCCUGUCUAGAAUUUCAGCCUUGAUUCGGGACUCAAAAUUUCAGGCCUCAUUUAGGCUUGCCUGGAUUCCAAGGCUCGUUUUAGGCCUGUCAGAAAUAUCAGGCCUCAUUUGGGCUUGUCAAAAUUCAACCUGUCUUUUUCCAGAAUCCAAGCCACAGACCCCGAUCUCGGCCCAUCUGGAAACAUCCACUUCUCCCUCGAAGGAUCACCUCCAAAUCUCCUAUCCAUCAAUGAAACAUCGGGACUUCUGACAGUUUCCGGAGAUUUGAUGGGACUUUCACGCGCAGAACCAUAUGCUAUUCGAAUCAUUGCACAGGAUUCCGGGAGUCCGCCGUUGAAUUCGAGCGCGGUUUUGAAUUUGAGAGUGAGGAGCAAGGAUGAGUUGAUGAGUCAGCCGAUUGUGGAAUUUGUGAAUUUGAAAAAUCGAUUUGAUGUUGAGGAGGUGAGCUUUUUUAAAGCUUUGGAAGGCUUCUGGAAGUUCACACCGAAAUUUAAUUUUCCAGAACAUUCCCGACUCCCAAAAAAUCGCAAAAAUCGAAGCUCGUGUCAAAGGUUCACGCGAAGAUGGAAUUUUUCUCGAAUACACUUUGAAAGAUCUGAUAUCAGAUCAGGAAUCGUUCCAAAUCGAUAAAACAUCUGGCGAGAUUUUUGCAACACGGCCUAUCGAUUAUGAAGAGGCACAGGAUUACACGGUGAGUUGGGGGGAAAGGGUUUUGAAAUUGAAAUCGGAAUCGACUUAUGACCUGGCUGAUAAGAGGAACAAUGUUAUUUGUUUUUUAUUUAUUUUUUUUGAUCGAACAUUUUCGAGUUUUUUUUUUUGCUUUUCUAUUUAUUUUUCGGAUUUUAUUCAAUUGACUUUGCAUUUUCGAACAAGUUUAUUUGCGGAGGUGGACAACGAUCAAAAGGUAAGGAUUUGUUACACUUCACAGGGUUUUAUGUGUGAUUUAAAUGUGACCCUAAACCAUUUAUAAUCCUAUUGGAAAUAUUUCUUCGACCCCUGGUUCUCACAGAUUUUUUCUGGUAGAUCAUAAAAAUCUCUAAAUUUUGAUUCUGAAUUUGUUAAAAAAUUUUCAGAUUCAGAAUUUUAGACAUCUGAGAAUUUCGCUCAAAAACCCUUUUUAGACCAAAAACAUAUAUCUACAGUAACCCCUAACUACAGUAAUCUCUACUGAAUCUGAUUUAUUGGGGACCUCUAUAUCAGAUUUGCUAAAAAUUCUCUCCCUAGAAUUUUAAGGAAUCUUAGAUCUACAGUAACCCAAGAUCUACAGUAACCCUAGAAAAAUCAAAGAUUACUAGCUCUACAGUAACCCUAGCUCACUCAAAGAUCACUAGCUCUACAGUAACCCUAGGUCACUCAAAGAUCACUAGCUCUACAGUAACCCUAAUUCUGUUUCUAUCUACAGUAAUCCGAUUCCUCCAGUUCUCUUCUUUUCCAAAAAUUUUUGUCUCAAAUUUUUGAAGUUUGCUUUUCUUAUCAAUUAGUGUCAAUCGAAACUUCUUUUUUUUUUCGUUUUUUUUUUCAAAAAAAAAAACAUUUUUAUAACUCUUCUUUCUUUCUCAAAAAAAGUUCCGUUUGGUCAGGAAAAUCGAUGAGUCAAGGCAAUAUUUGCAUAUUUCAUUUCAUUUUGAAACUAUAUUUUAUUUUAUUUUAUUUCAAACUUUCAAAUAUUUACACUUGAGAGACACUUUUUUGUUGGCUGUAACUGUAAACAACCAAAAAAAAUGCAGUGUUCAAAAUUUUUGAGGACCGAUUAACUAAUUCAACUUGUCACGCCUUCAUUUAAUGUGACUCGCUUCUUUUUUUUUUGAAGGAGGAAAAAGGAACGUGUGUUUUUUGAGAUUCUGAAAUUUUUAUCAGAAAUAUUUUGGCUUAAAGUUAUAGGAUAAAAAAAUUGUUUUCUGAAGCUAAAAAAUUUUGAAUCCUUUUUUAAGACUUUUUUGAUUUGAGAUUAAGGCUUGUUAAGGUUAAGGUUCAAUUUACAGCUUGAAUUAUUGAAGGCAAAACUGUGCGCAGUAGUUGCAUUUAAGCCACGCCCACUUUGUUCAAGCUCCGCCCCCAGUUCCCAAAAAAUUCCAGUCCACUUAUACCUCUGAACUAUGUAGGUAUUUAUAAAAUAAUAUAAUAUAUUCUAUGAUGUUCAAGAGGUACUUCCUUCUCCUGUCACAUGAUUUUGAUCCAUAAUCUUCUUUCGGAAUUCGAAUUCCGAAAUAAGUGCAUGGUCUCCGAUGAUUUUCCAAAUGUAAUUGGGGUUACGAACUUCAAUUAAACAUGUUCCUUUUUUUUGGGAAAUUAAACCGAACAUUUUCAUUCAAAUUAUGUAGGUCUCUCUGACUAAUGGAACUUCUUUUUUUUUCGAUUCUGAUCGAAUUAUAGUUGUUGUUUUUUUCUCACGAAAAUUAUAAGUUAUAAAUUUUUCAAGGUCAAUUUUCAACCAUUUUUAGGCUAGAUAAAUAAUAAAAAAAAUUUAAAAAAAAAGAAAAAAAAUUGUGCGGCGGGCGGGGGUCGAACCCCGGCUCCUUGAACAAAACGCACGCAUGUAUACCACUCGGCCAUCUAGCUAUUUCUUGAAGCCAUAGAAAUUUUCAUAUUUAAAUGGCUCGCUUGAAUUUCUGUUUUCUCGAUGUUUCCCAUGAAAAUUUUAAAUUUUCAAGGUCAACAAUUUUCUCCUUUCACUAAAUGAAUAAGUAAAUAAAUAGAGAUGAUCAUCAAAAAAUGUGUACAGUUAUUUGGGAAAAAAAUUGAUGAUCAUGCUCCAAAUCUCAAGUGCUCUCUGCUCUCUCCAGAGAAAGAGAGAGAGCUCCCAAACACAACUUUUUUGUGCUCUUUUCCUCAUCAUUUUCUAGCGCAUGCCCAGAAUUACUGUCCAAAUAUGUCGUCGCCUCAUUUUUUUUUCGCGCCAUUGAGCAAAUCAUGUUGUUCGGUGUGUAAAAGAGAGCGAAAAUGAAAGGGGGUAACUGGUAUUUUUCGGGGUGUUGCGCAAUUUUUCCAACCAAAAUUCUAUCGUACAUAUUGUUCACUUUUCGUUGUGGUUCAAAGAUUUUCGACAAAAGCGCGCUAGAAAAAAACGUGGGAGGAGUGGGGGCGUUUCUUUCAAAAUGUCAAUAUGCAAAUGAAGAUUUCUGAACUGUAUGAUUUUUGUUCGCCAUACGUUUUUUCCGGUGAAAAUUAGGUUUCAAUAUUUUUCGAAAAAUUUUUUUUGUGAUUUUUCUGAGAUGAAAAUUUUCUGGGUUACAAAAAAUUUCGAAAUUUGGUUUUUGGGAUUUUUAAAAUUGGGGAGCUGUUUCAGCAUGAGCUAUGGCGUGGCAAAGUUCGGAAUCCCAAUUUUUCUGAAUUUUACAAUAGAAAAUGCUUUUCUCAGGAAAAAUAUGAAAUCUGUGAGUUUAGCUUUUUAAAAAAAAUUCUAAAAUUUCAAAAAUUCAAAAGUUUUAGUUCAAAUUCCAACUUUGCCACAAUAUAACUCAUAUUAAGAGUUGAAAUUUGCAGUUUUAGAAAACGGGAUCGUGGUUAGCGGAUGAAAAUUACUAGAAACCAUAAAUUUUAUUGAAAAUCUUGAUCCCAAGUUGAAAUAGUUCCUUUGUUACAGAGAGAUCCAACAUUUUUUUCGAAAAAAUAAAUCAAGGAUGUUUUUUUCUGCAUUCAGAUUUCGAAAAAAAAUUUCAGUUAGUUUCAGAAAAUCACAAAUUUUCUCCAGAUAAUAGGGGAUGAUUCAAGUCGAAAAAAAAUAAAACAAAAAAUUUCGAUUCAGAAAAUGUCCAAAAAAUUUAUUUUUUCCUAUUUUCUGACUUUUUUUUUUAGAUAUUUUUCAUUUAUGUGUGGAAAACAUGUCAAAAAAUAGGAAAAAUUUUAGUUUUUUGACAUUUUCUGAACCGAAUUUUCCUUCCUAGUUUCAUUUUUUAUCAAAAUUUCACAAGUUCCAUCAAUCAUUUUUCCAACCAUUACAGUUUUUUUUUCCUUUUUUCCUAUCACUUGCAAAAUUCCAUUGUUACUUACUUACUCAAAUUCAUUCCACUUCACUUCAAAUUUUAUCAUCAAAAAUCCGCAAACAUUGUUAGAUAAUCGAAACUUUUCUUUUUUUACCUCCCUACAUUAAAAUGUUGUUUGCGUUCCUUCGUUCCUUCAAUUCCACUUGAAUUUUUUUUACAAAUUUAUUUUAUUUUAUUCUAGUAAUAAAUCCAAGACUCUCUCUAGAGUCGCCUGAAAACGAAAAGGUAAGAAAAUCUCACUUUUUCGGCACAUGUAAUUAGAAUAAAAACUAGUGGUUUUCCGUUUUCUCACAAAUUGUACGAAAUUCACAGAAAAUCGUAACGAUGAUCGUUUAUUUGUUGUGUUUAUCUAUCUUUUUGUCCACUUCUAAAGUAUUUAUCUAACAAGAAUUUCUUGAUUUUUGUGUUGAAUUGUAAAAAAAAACAUGGAUCGUAAGUUCAAGGAAGAAAAUUCUGGCCAAGUUACAAGGCUCUGAAUUUCAGAACUCUAUAGAUGUUCCUGAAAAAGAUUCGAUGAAAAUCUUGAGGUUCAGAUCAAUUUUCAGAACUUUGGAGCCUUGUAACGUGGCCAGACAAGUUUUGGGAAUCAAUCUGUAGAUUUUCCGAACUUUAAGUGCACUUCUAACCAUAUUUUUCUCCACAAAACCCUUAAAAAACCUAUUCCAGAAAUGGGAAAGCUUGAAAAAAUUGGUCGAAGUAUCCUCAAAAAAAUCAACAAUACAACUCGCCGUCGUGCUCUCACUCCUCAACAAAAUCCACAUCAAACAUCAUCAGAUGAAGAGGUUGAGAAUCAAAAAAAUCAGCGAAAAAAGACGAGUUCAAUGCCAGAUGUAUCAUCAUCUUAUGUUCAUAAUUUCACAGUGAAUACUGAACCCUCAGUUCCAAUCAUCAGAAUUCCUCCACAACAAUCCUCACCGCGAUCUAAUACAACAACUUCUGAUGGAGGAUAUACCACUGAUGAUACAUUGAAUGUUGAGAUAAAAUCGGAUUCACAGGGAUAUUAUUCGGCUAGUUCACUUAGUCCAACAUUAGAAGUUCCUAAGAGAUAUGAGAAAUAUCCGAGGAUAAAUGUCGCCUCGAAAUCCCACUCAGAUCUUUUACGAGCCAUUGAAGUUCCCAUAAUUCUACCAGAUCCUAGUAAAUCAGUCAGCAACUUGGCGAGCUUGGAACCUUCAGAUCCAAUCGAAAGAUUUUUGAAGAGAUCAAUUUAUAAAACUAAGAUGAUUACAACGGUUUUUGAGGCGAAAAAUGGGGGAUUUGAGGAGAUUUAUGAGGAUGUUUGUGAUGAAAUUGAUCGAUGGUUUGAGACGAAAAAUAUGAUGGCGGUGGCGUGUGAAAUGCAUUGGUCAGUGCCCAAGGAAAAGAGAUCGAGGCAAUUGGAAUGCAAGUGAGUCUUCUGAAUCGGAGCGAAGUAUUUUUUCAAAAAAAAAAUCGAUAUUCAUCUCAAAGUUGACGAAAAUACUCAAUUAAUAAAAUUACGAAGGUCGAAAAAUUUUUAAACGAAAAAAAAAAACACAACAUAGCUCCACCGAAAUAAACACGCAACGCAGACCGCGCCGCGCCACAAUACACACAAACAAGGGAGGGAAUUUGAAUCGUUCCCUUGUGUUGUGGCGCGACGCGGUCUGCGUUGCGUGUUUAUUUCGGUGGAGCGCGUUUUUGUGUUUUUUCUCGUUUCAAAUUUUUUUUCGAGCUAAAUAAGUACAUUCGAAUUUUAUUGAUUGAAAAUUUGAAGUUUUUAGCUACAAAAUUAAUUUUUGAUUGAGGAGUUUUGUUAACUUUGAUUCAAGUCGAAAAAAAAAUAAUUAAAAAAAAAUUUUUGACAAAAAUUUCGAUUCAGCAAAUAUCAAAAAAUAGGAAAAAAUACAGUUUUUCGACAUUUUCUGAAUCAAAAUUUUUUGUAAAAAAAACUUUUUAUUAUUUUUUUUCACCCCAUAAAAUUCAUAUUUUCCAGACUAAAAGAGAAACUUCUCAACGCUCUACGUGAAAACAACAAAAGACUUUUGUACAUGCGAGGAAUGGGUCGUGGAAAAACACCGAUCAAAUUAGCCGAAUCCAAAACCGUUGAGAAUAUUACCAGAGACAAACCAACUGAUUCAGUCAGAGGUAGGCUUAGAAUCUCUUCCCAGAUCCAAUUGUUUUUGCAGGAAUUUAUCAACGAAGUUACACUCGACUUCUACCGUACCUUCACAAAGAAACGCCUGAAUGGCAUUCACAAUAUUGGACCCUGAAAGAUAUGAAACACCUUGAAGAGGAACAAAACAAUAAUAACAAUUUGCAACAACCCGAACCGCAACAUUUUCUUUUUGAUGAACGGGAUCCGGAUGUGUUGGAAAAUACAUCGUUGAUUUCGCUGAAUAUUAUUGGAUUGAGUAUUUUGGGCAAUUCGAGAGGUUCCAAUUAUUUUGAUCAGAUUUGAGAUGAAGAAAUAAAUAUAAUAUAUUACGGGUUGAUUUUUUUGUUUUUUUUGUGUGUAUAAAUAAAUAUUCAAAUUUCUCAUUUUAUAUUUUUCUUCUAGGAUCUGCGCCUUGAGAUCCUCUCCCGCAAGCAGCCGAGCCUUGAGAUUCCCUCUAGCAGGGAACCGCGCCUUAAGAGCUCAGUUCUCAAGAAGCCACGCCUAGAGCGUUUGAUUUUCUCGGAACCGCGUCUAGAGAUCCUCUUCCUCAAGCAGCCACGCCUACUCUGUCUGUCAAGCAGCCGCGCCUAGAGCGUUCAAUUGUCUCGGACCCGCGUCCAGAGAUCCACUCUGACAAGGAACGGCGCCUUGAGAUCCCCCUCCUCAAGCAGCCGUGUCUAGAAAUCAUCUUCCUCAAGAAUCCGCGUCUUGAGAACCUAGUUCUCAAGUAGCCGCGCCUUGAGAUCUUCAAUACCAAGAAGACAAGCCUAGAGAGUUCAAUUGUCUCGGACCCUCGUCUAUAGAUUUACUCUGACAAGGAACCGUUCCUUGAGAACUUCAAUGCCAAGCAGCCACACCUAGAAAGUGCAAUUGUCUCGGACCCGCGUCUAGAAAUCCUAUGUCUCAAGCAGCCGCGGCUAGAAAAUUUAUUUGUCAAGAAUUAGCGCCUACAGAGCAUGGAUCUCAAGUAGUCGCGCCUUGAGAUUCUUUUUCUCAAGCAGUCGCGCCUUGAGAUCCACCUCCUCAAGCAGCCGCGUCUAGAGACUCUAAUUUUCAAGCAUCCGCGCCUUGAGAUUCUCCUAAAGCCCCCUCAAACCUCAUCUAUCAAAUUUUCCAGCUCCUGGUCACUGCCACAAAUCCCGCUGAUCCCACACAAACCGCUUCAACAAUAAUCCAUCUAGAUAUCAUAAACCUGGAAGAUAAUUCUCCCGAAUUCCCCAAAAGUGCCACAAGAGUUUUUGAAGUUCCAACCAACACUUCAAAAUCAACAGCAAUCGGAAGAAUCGUGGCCUAUGACGCUGACAAAAAACCAAUUUUCUAUUAUAUUAUUCCAAGUUGUGGCUCGGAAAUGGCCGCGAAUUUUACAAUUGACCACGAGUUCGGAGAAAUCGUCUAUCAUCCUCAGAAACCUACCCAAGAAGUUUCUGGAAGAGUUGAGAUUUGUAUUUUGGCGGAUUCUAGAGAAAAUGUUGAUUUGGUGGAUGUUUUUUAUGAUUCGACAGCUAAAAAUAUGCAAAAAAUUACUGUUGAAGUUCGAGGAAAAGAUCUAGAGGAGAAGGAAAUUCUGGUUGAAGCUCAGAAAUUUUCGCAAGUUGGAGAUAGCUUACAAAAUAUUGAGAUUCCUAUUGAUUUCAACGGUCAAGCGCAAGAUUUUGAACUGGAAACUAUCAAUUUUGUACCGUAAGUUUCUGAUUUAUCGUUUCCAAUUCAAAAAUCAGCAAUAUAUUUCUAGAGCAAAUUAUGAGCUUGGUCGUGAUAUGAUUUCUCCCGAAGGAUCUGUUGCCCUCAACAAAAAUACCGGAGAACUUGCAGCAACUCCACGCAUCCUCGAUGCUCCCCAAGGGAUCUACAUUGCGCAGCUCAAAAACGGGAGAGGAAUUCGAGAACUUCAUCAUAUUCGAGAUGAUCGCAAGUUGAAAUAUGUUUUGGCGAUGGAAAGAAAUGAGUUUGGAGCGAAUAUGGAGAAAUUGAAGAGACAACUUCGGGAAGCGUUGAAAUCAAUGGAUGUUUAUUUUUCGGAGCCAUUAAGGGAUUCAAAGAAUUCUUCAUAUACUUCGGUGUGUUUUUAUAUUACAAAAGAUAAUGCGAUUUUUGGAGGAUAAACAAAUGAGUGCACUUUUAUCGAAUACAAAUCAAUAUAUCGAUAAGAUUCAUCAUAUUUUCAAAGUUGUUAAUGUUGAUCAAUGUACGCAGGCAAAACCAUUGCAAAUUUCAAAUGAUAUUCCACUAAAUACUUUUAUUCUUAUAAGUAUUGUUGCUGUUUUGAUUUUGAUUCUUGUUGCAUUAAUUGGUUAUAUUUGCUGUGUUGCUAGAUAUCGAAGAAGUCUUGAAGAGAAAUUGAAAACUCCUUAUUACAAAUCUCCUGGUUCUCAAUCAUACGCUCCAACUACAUCUUCUCAUACAAUUGGUUAUUAUUAA